AUCUUUAUUUGUUCUUUUUUGAACAUCGCAUCCAUUUUACUGAGUGAUUUAAAUUGGAACGCAAGCAAUGGCCAGCGAGCAACAAUUAACUGCCGAAAUCAAGAUCGAAGAUAGUGAGGUUCCCCAUGAUCACACUGGAGCCUCUAUCAAUAACAAUGAUCUCAAUGAUUUAGAUCACGAGGAACCACCGUUGAAACGUCAAAAGGUAAAAAGUGAGGGACCAGAGGCUACAUCGAAUACGAUGCUACCAGUGCCAGCCAAUUCAGUCACAGAAAGUGAGCUCAAACAAGAAAAACUUCCAACGAAUAUAGAAACUCCAAAGGGAAGCGAUGGGUCAAGAUCAAAUUCGACUUUUGUUACUCAACAAACGCUACCAAUAGCUACAGUUCAAACUACAACAGCAGCUGGUACUACAAUAGAAGUUGUAAAGCAUACUUUAGAAUCUAAGCACACAAUACCUACACAACCAUCGAAAGCAGACCUCGUCCGUCAGUCUGGAAGAAGUGUUGAGGAUAUAAUUGAUGGUUCUGAUUUGCGAAAGUUUCUGAACAAGGGCCUAACUGAAUAUAUAGUCAAGGGAUUAGAUGAAAUCGUAGAACUAUGGGAAAAGGGUAAAUUUAAUUUUGAUGGGCAAGAGCCAAGCAAAGAAGUGCUGAAAAGAAAAGUAGCGUUGCAGUUUGCUGACAUUAUCAAACAGCUGGCAGAGAAAUAAACAAUAUCCCCCAUAUGUAAAUUUAGAUCUGUCUGUAAUUUUAGCGCAGCGGAAUCAUUUAACGAAAUGAAACUACUACUGAACGGCUCUGUAAAUAGUCCUUUCAGCCUCCGA